GGUAUCAACCAUCACACGUCCCAAGUACUCGUACCGACCACAGGUUGAAGUUUGCAGAUCAGUUUCGUAGAAAACUUAAGAAGAAACCACCAAACUCGCAAUGGCUUCUUUCAAGUGUCUGAUAUUCAUCGCCUUGGCCGUGUACUCCGUUGCCGCCGUAGAGGAAACCAGGGAAAAGAGAGGUGCCUACAUCGCCGCCGCUCCAGCCCCGGUUUUAUCAUACUCCGCCGUAGCCCCGGUUGCGUACCCGUACGCGUACUCUGCUGCUCGUUCGGGUAGCUUCUCGUACGGUUACUCGGCCCCGGCAUACGCAGCCGCAUACCCGGCAGCCGCGUACUCGGCAGCCACAUAUCCGGCGUCCACAUACCCGGCAGUCCGCGCGUACCCGGCAGCAGCAGCAUACGCCGCUUACCCGGCAGCAGCAUACGCCGCUUACCCGAGCUACGCUGAAGACGACGGUUCAUACUGGCCCGGCAAAUACGAAAAGAAAUACAUCCCAGCAGUUUACCCGGCCGCCGCAUACCACUACUGAUCACCAUCCUCCCGGAAAUGAUUCUCCACCUUCCGAAAAUUUACGAUUAAGCUUAUUCUUACAAACCUAUGUUUUUUAACAAUUAAUAAACAUGUGAUCUUUAUUUUUUUUUUUAUCUCGUCAAUCGAAUUUGUUGUUAUUUCACGCCUCUGUUUCGUGUGGACGACGUGAGAAAUGCGAUUUGCAAAAUUCUAUGCGUUUUAGGCACACUCCGUAUAGUAAGAAGUACUUACUAUACGAGACACGCAUGACUACAGUACAUGCACGUAUGAUAAGAAUAAAACGACAUCUUCACAGUA